AUGGGGGGCGUCGCAUCUAUACCCACGGACCCUUCGAAAAAGGUUCAGGUCAUAUCAGCGGGGUAUUCGCGAACGGGGACGGUGUCUAUGUCCUUGGCCUUGGCAAAGUUGGUUGACGGUCCAGUACUCCAUGGCGGUACACAAAUCUUGCUGCGCGAUGAUGACUACUGCUCGACAUGGAUUAAGGCGUACGAAGCCAGAGAGGCCGGAGAUAAGAAAGAGACAUUGAAGCUCAUCCGAAAAGCAACAUCAGGUUUCGCAGCGACUGCAGAUCUACCACCGUCCGAUUUUAUGCCCGAGAUGAUGGAGCUAUAUCCCGAUGCGAAAGUCGUCCUCGUUCGUAGGGACCCCCAGAAGUGGUGGAACAGUAUUGCGACUUUGACGAGUAGAACCACACCAUGGUGGCUUGGUGCUGUGGUCGCGCCUAUCCCUGGGUGGAGAUUUAUUCCGACGUUUGCAAGUGUAUACAGUCGCUCGACUUUGCGGCUCGCUGGGUUGGAUGCGCAAAACACGAGCCCAACUGAAUUGAUAAAUAAGGGCGGCCCUCAUAUCCUAACAGCCCAUAAUGACAGAGUGAGAGCUCUCGUUCCCAAGGGGCAGCUUUUGGAGAUGGACCUGAGCGAAGGCUGGGAACCCUUGUGUAAAUUCUUAGGUGUGCCAAUUCCAGAUGAACCGUUUCCCAGGGCAAACGAUGCUCAAGCAGCGGAUGAAUAUGCGACGAAGAUUCUAUUGAAAGUUUUGCAGGUUUGGACUGGUAUCUUCUCUGUUGUUGGGAUUACCGCGUACUCCGCGUUCAGGCUCUGGAAGCGUUCGGCGUCUUGA